GUUCUGAAAGUGGAUCAGAUAUGUCCAUGGUUGUCUCUGGAGACAAUAAUCGUGUACAAGAUCAUGAAAGGAAAGGAUCUUCAGUGAAUGAAGAAAAAGCUGAUGAUGAGUCUGUGCAAUCAGUAACACGAACCUUAUCAAGAAAUGAUAAUAGUCUUGGAGCUCUUAGGUACACCUCUAUGGGAGCUGCUGGUGGGUCAUCAACAAAGUUGAAGUUCCUCUGCAGUUUUGGUGGUAGAAUUUUGCCCCGUCCCAGUGAUGGAAAGCUCAGGUAUGUUGGAGGUGAAACACGUAUUAUCCGGAUAAGCAAGGAUAUUUCCUUUCAGGAGCUAAUGCAGAAAACAUUGACAAUAUACAACCAGACUUGUAUGAUCAAAUAUCAGCUUCCUGGCGAGGAUCUUGAUGCGCUGGUGUCUGUCUCUUGUGACGAGGACCUACAAAAUAUGAUGGAGGAAUUUGAUCUACUUGAAGAUGCUAGAUCACAGAAACUCAGGUUGUUUCUCUUCUCUAACAAUGAUCUGGAUGAUUCUCAACUCGGCCUGGGGAGUGUGGAGGGUGAUUCUGAGAUUCAAUACGUAGUUGCGGUUAAUGGCAUGGACGUAGGAUCAACAAGGAACUCAAUUAACAUGGCUAGCAUUUCAGGGAACAAUUUAGAUGAGCUAUUCAGUUUAAGUGGUGAAAGGGAGACUGUUCGACAUCCAAUUGACACACCUGGGGCUGUUUGUUGCACUUCCAACAGUUGGUAUGCCUUCCACAAAUCAAAUUUCUCAAACAGUGGUGCCAAGUUCAUCAUAUGA